CGAGCCAAAAACAAGCAGGGUCAGUUCACACCAAACCUAAAGGAAGACUUUACCAUUGGUCCUUUAAAUCGUGUCAAGAUCAUGGUAUACCAGUCUUCUUCUCCCAGCUAUUUCCCAAGGCCGCUCUGGGAUGCAUUCAAGCUCUCCCUCAUCACCCUCCUUGCAUGAUAAUUCCUCUGCACAGACGACUCCCCAACCUCUGACACGCGGUCAGACGUUCGCAGUUGCUCCUGCGUUCAGGGCUGUGCUGCACCACUUCAAAAAACAUGUAGGCGUCGGUGUCAUAUGCGCAGUGGGCUAUUUCGAUCCGGGUAAUUGGAGUGUAGAUAUUCAAGCAGGUGCUAGCUUUGGGUAUCGACCCAUGCUAUUCGUCAUUUUUCUCGCUGGAAUCAUUGCAAUUAUCUUGCAGGUUUUGGCAGCUAGACUCGGCUGCGUAACCGGUCUAGAUUUGGCUCAUCAUUGUAGACUACUUCUCCAUGACCAUCCAAGGCACCCACGGUUGGUCCGGCGACUUGUGCUGUAUCCUCUCUAUGCACUAUGCGAAAUAGCCAUCAUCAGCACAGACCUCGCAGAGUUACUUGGGUCAGCAAUAGGUCUUUGCCUACUUUUUCCGAAACUCCCCUUGUGGUCUGCCGUGCUCCUUACUGGUGUCGACGUUUUCAUCUUCCUCGUCAUAGGCGACCCCUCGCGAACAGGACGUCCAGUGCGAUUUUUUGAGCUUGUGAUCCUAAUAUUGGUUGCAAUUGUCUUUGUAUGUUUCAUCUUGCUACUCGUCAAGGUUCACCCAAAUUGGCCACAAGUGUUUUUGGGCUUUGUGCCAUCUGCGGGUCUUCUUCAGACACAGCCUAACGCAGUCUAUACAGCUAUCGGAAUUCUUGGUGCCACGGUUAUGCCUCAUGCGCUGUUUCUGGGCUCGAAUCUUGCAACCCAGGAUCGUGUUUCACAACCGCCCCAGCCACUUCCGACACCUGCAGACGCAAGACGGCCGUCAUUUCUCCAGAGACUCCAGCGGUUUUGGAAGAGUAUCUUAUACAUUUCACGAUCAGAACGCGAUGACUUGAAAGACUAUACCACCCGACACGGAUUUCGGCAGAACAACUCGAUAGAAUUCAUUCGCGCUCAUCUUGGCCACGGAACUGUCGAUGUCAUUCUGAGUUUACUGGGACUUGCAGUGCCAAUCAACUCGGCGAUAUUAAUUUUGGCUGCUACUAUGUUUUACUCGUCCAGCAACAACAAUUCAAUCGGACUGGUCAACAUGCAUACCUUGAUGCUACAAAGCCUUGGUACAGCCGCGGCCUUACUCUUUGCACUCGCACUCGUCUGUGCAGGUCAAACUGCCAGUAUUACGGCAACGCUUGCAGGUCAAAUUGUCUCCGAAGGGUUUAUAUCAUGGAACGUCUCCCCAUUUAUCCGCCGUCUUCUCACACGCCUGAUCAGUCUAAUACCCUCUAUGAUCGUGGCCAUUUCAUCUGGAGGGGCAGGGAUUAACGCUCUUCUCAUUGCAUCACAAGUCGUCCUGUCCGUUGUCCUCCCCUUCGUCGCAUUCCCCCUCAUCUACCUCACCUCGUCAAAAACGGUGAUGUCUGUUAGAACGCCGAAAGUAGUGAUCCAAGAAAAACUCGCCGAUACCCCACCGAUACUUUCCACACAUCCGGUAACCCCUGUUUCUGACGCACCUGUGGCCGCCUCCAUCACUGUUGUUGAGCGAAACUUUGACAGUCUUGAUGAUUCGAUCAAACAUUCGUCAACACAGGAAUACGGCGUCAUCGACUUCAGUAAUGGAUAUAUCCUUACAGCCGUUGCAUAUGCCAUCUGGGUGGUGGUAUUAAUUGCCAACGUUUAUGCUAUUGUCAUGCUUGGAAUGGGACAAGCGUGACCAGUGAACAAGUACUUAUUCGAACAGCAUUUGUUGUUGCUGCUGGUGUUGUAGAUUGUUGUAGAGUACAUCCUCGGGUAUUGUUACAUAUCAGAACUUGUAUAAUUAUGCUCGCGAUGUCGGACUCCCUUAAAUCAUUGACUUCAUGGAGAACGCCAC